CCCGCCCCGCCUUCCGUCGCCUACCUGAUCACCGGAUCGAAAGGCGACUCCAAUCGGAUCCUCCGCCUCCUUUACGCUGUCUACCACCCAAAAAACCGCUACUUGCUCCACCUCGACCCCUCCGCCGUGCCGGCCGAGCGGGAACGGCUGGCCCUGGCCGUCGAAUCGGUUCCCGUUUUCCGGGCUGCCCAGAAUGUAGAUGUGAUUGGGAAGCCGGAUUUUGCAUACCGGCGAGGGUCGUCGCCGGUUGCGGCUACUUUACACGACGCGUCUCUGUUGCUGAAGUUGUCCAAGAAUUGGGAUUGGUUUGUUCGCCUGGGAGCUGCUGAUUACCCUCUUGUUACCCAAGAUGGUAACUUUUCUUCACUCACUACAAUGGGGAAUCUGCAAUUCUUCCGAUUCUAA